AUGCAGAUUUCACCCAUGCGGUACAGUACACAGAUCUCCAAGACAGACCCAAAACUAAUCCGAACGAAAGCUCACGAAGGCACCUCGACAAUUCUACUAGAGCGACAUGACGCACCAGGGACAGAGACGAGCAGUCGCAACUCCGAGGUAAUCCACGCAGGCCUCUAUUACCCAGCAACCUCCCUCAAAACCAACCUCUGCAUCCGCGGCCGCAACCUCCUCUACGACCUCUGCGCACAAAACAACAUCCCCCACCGCAACACGAAGAAAUGGAUCGUCGCGCAAACCCCCACGCAAUGGGAAGCCUGUCUGAAAGUGCACACACACGCACAAGGACUAGACGCGCCGACACGACUAAUAGGACGCGAGGAAGCGCAGCACCGUGAACCGGACGUAAAGGCUGACGCAGGCAUUGUCGAGAGCGAGACAUCCGGCAUCGUGGACAGUCAUUCUCUAAUGACGUAUCUGCAGGGUGACUUUGAGGAUCGCGGGGGCGAUAUCGCAUUUAAGACGCGCGUGACGGACGUGGAGGCUAUCAACGGCGGCCGUGGUGGAUAUAAGAUCACCGCUGUGUCAGGGGAUGGUUCUGUUACUUCCUUUACGGCUGAAACGCUGGUUAAUAGUGCUGGACACGGCGCGUGUGCUAUUAGUAACAUUCUCCUCCCGGAAGAACGCCAUUUCGUUCCGCAUUAUGCUAAGGGCACGUACUUCUCGUAUGCGGCGUCUAGACCAAAGACUUCGGUUUUGGUUUACCCGGCUACUUUGCCGGGAACUGGGGGGCUGGGCACGCAUUUGACGCUUGAUAUGGGUGGACGUGUGCGGUUUGGUCCGGAUGUUGAGUGGGUGGAUAGUCCUGAUGAUUUGGUGCCGAGUGCUGCGCGUUUAGAGCGUGCGUUGUUGGAGAUCAAGGCUUAUUUGCCUGGUGUUGAUGUUGAUGCUAUUGCGUUGGAUUAUUGUGGUAUUCGUCCUAAAUUGGGGAGGGGUGGUGCUGUUAAUGAGGGUAAAGGGUUCCAGGACUUUAUUAUCCGCGAGGAAGAGGGUUUGCCUGGGUUUGUCAAUUUGUUGGGGAUUGAGAGCCCCGGCUUGACGAGUUGUUUGGCAAUUGGUGAGAUGGUUGAUGGUAUCUUAUACCGUUAG